AUGUGUUUACUUAACAAUGUCGCAUUUUGUUUGUCCUUCAGUCUCGCUACUGAACGUGAUCAACUCAACUCGGUCUUUGAGAAUCUCUCUGAGAAGGGUCAGAAAUGGAUAUAUGAUAAACCUUCUCGGGAAUUUAGGAUAUUUGCGUCCCGUUCGUUAAAAACCAAAAAAGAGGAGAAAUGGGAAUUCUAUACAAACACCGAAGAAGUAAAAGUUACAGGAGUUUGUGAAAAAACCAAGUACAAAUAUUGGUGGAAUAGACACGGUGAACUCGAUAAACUCGAAGAACCCGAAGAUGACUUUAUUGUAGAGAUCACAAAAUACGUGUAUUGGAAUUGCGAAAAGAUAUUUAGUAACGUUAAAAAUCAUGGAAUAGAAUGUGUUAUUGACGAUUCGCAUCCCAUGAGCGUCUCGUGGGGA